CGUCAGCGACGUCAAACGGGACUGUUUGUUCUGGAACUGGGGCGAGGAAGGUCCGCGCGGCUGACACCCGCCUGGAGAAGGUGUGACACUCAGCCCUCUAUCAGCGUGUUGCGGUUUCCUUGCCUCGACAGCGCUUCUCUGGCGGAGUUCACGUGUUACCUUAGGAAAUCGCCCCCUCACCAACCGAGAUAUGAUCACACACUCGGACUAGACCACAGUGGCACGGCAACAAACAUAGAGUCGAGUGAGGAGUGGAAUGGCCUGAGGGGGGUCCCCCCAGUCCCACCUGCCCCUGCCAGGUCCCGUCUGCCUCAACUGUCUGCUCAGCCACUGCAACCCACCGCUGCGAUGGGAGACGGACUGGAGGCAGGCAACAGCCAGAACCCUCCCUCUGCCCCACCACCUCUCCCCUUCAACCCCCCAGCGCCCGAAACAUGGAACCCCUCCAGACCCAAACGACAGACCAACCAGCUGCAGUACCUGCUUAAAGUGGUGUUUAAGACGUUAUGGAAGCACCACUUUGCAUGGCCCUUCCAAGCUCCCGUAGAUGCCAUCAAACUCAAUUUACCUGACUACUACAAGAUCAUCAAGAUUCCUAUGGACAUGGGCACAAUAAAGAAACGCCUGGAGAACAACUACUACUGGAACGCCCAAGAGUGUAUCCAAGACUUCAACACAAUGUUCACAAACUGCUACAUCUACAACAAGCCUGGGGAUGAUAUCGUCCUAAUGGCAGAGGCCUUGGAAAAGCUCUUUCUCCAGAAGAUCACAGAGAUGCCGCAGGAGGAGACGGAGAUCGCUGUGGUCACCAAGGGACGGCGUGGGGGCCGACGGGAGUCAGCUCUAAUAACAAAGUCAGAUUCGGGCCAAGACUCGUCGUCCCCCUCUACCACUCCUCAUACACGAGGCUUUUCAUCGCCGCCAACCACCCCACAUACCCGUCCUGCGCCCACUCCUCAAGGCCCUCCAACAUUACCCCUGGCCCAGCCUCUAUCGCAGCCCUUACUCCAGCCCUUACUCCAGCCCCUCCAUCAGCCCCUACACCAGCCCCUACACCAGCCCCUACACCCCUACACCAGCCCCUACACCAGCCCUUACACCAGCCCCUACACCAGCCCUUGGCCCAGCCCUUGGCCCAGCCCUUUGUCCAAUCCUUGA